AAAUUUGGUUGCGCGUCCUUUGUUUUGGAUAUGUUGGUUUCUAGGGCGCGAUUCGUCUUUAGCUGCGAAUAUAAUUGAAGUGUUUUCAAAUGGUUUAUUAGAAUGAUACAGCGGCGGUAUCAUGGUCGCGUUUUUACUCGUCAUGUCAUAUCAUCACUUUCUCACUUACAUACUUGUUAGAACGUGACAGGCUGACAGGCAUUAUGAAACAUGAUAAAAAAUCGGCCAUCUUAGUCCUACUGAUGAGAUAGCGGUACGGUAAGAACUUUGAUGGGUUUAAUUAUUUUCUACCUAAAAGAUAACUUAGAGCAAAUAUAAACAGCAUUUACAAAACAAGCAUGAACUUUGAUUGACAUUUGCCAGUAAACAAUUUAGUUCUAUUGUCGACCUGUACCCAGGUUAAACUGCCGAAUUCGCAUUGCAAUUUGAACUCUACGCACUUGAGCGAAACCACUUUAUUCUAUGGCUUCUACGUGGCCGGGGCAUACCUUUGCCGUUAGAAAAUGAUAAUAUGGCGGUUAUCGAUCGGCCCUACGCGCAAGCGUCCUUGGCAACGUUCAGUGCCAAUUUUCAAAAUUACUUCGCACCCUAUAAUCAAUGUUAGUGUAACAACUGAACCGGUAUGCUUUUGUUUGUCGUGAACGUGUAUGUCGUUAUUUCUUUAUUGUUUUAUGGUUCGGCGAUCGACAGGUUGAUCGUGCGGAGUGGACGCAUUCACAAGUCCACCGGUCGCUCCGGUCUUCACCAAUGAUACGGGUGGACCAGUUGGCGUGGCGGCGCGCAUGCUCUCACUGGACUCAAGGUGUUUUAUCAGCGAUAGUUUCAGAGCCAGUGUCAGUAAUGUAAGGCUAGCGAACGGCGCCGGGGCCCGGCUUGCCCUCAAACAUGUAGCUAUCGUCUUUCUCUCAACUCGGUUUAGUCCGCAAAUACGACUAGUCAUUAUAAUAUUACAAAGUUAAAUGUUUGUCGUCAAUUGUUGUCUAGUGUAAUAUCAAUCGUCUCUAUGGUACUUUUGUUGUUUUAGGUAGGUAGGCAAAUCUUUUAGAAGAUAAAAAGACUAGCAACCAUGCCAGACUGGAUCUGGCUGCUGGCGGCGGCGCUGUUCGGGGCGGUGUCGGCGCUGGCCGUCCCCGUCGCCAUACUAGUGUACUUCCUGAGACCGUUCGACAAGACUCCUCCAGCCGAUGACCUCUCCAGGCAGCCGGUUACUUUACCAGCAGAGGUACUCAGUGAACUGACGCGCGGCGCGGGCGGCACGCCGGAGGGCGCGCUCAACGCCAUGCUGCAGUUCAUCUUCCAGCAGAGCACGGCGGACACGCGAUGGCUGCGCCGGCGCAUGGCCACCGAGCUCGCCGAGCUACUCGCCAAGACCUCGUCGGGGAAGAUCUUCGAGUCGCUCACGCUUCGCUCCUUAGAAGUGGGCACCGAGUUCCCCAGCAUCACGGCGUUGCGCGUGCUGAACGGGUCGCUUGAGGAGGAUGGCGCACGUCUGCGCUCGCUCGACCUGGCCUGCAACCUGGCCUACGACGGCAACUUCAAGAUCGACGUCGAUGCUGUCAUGCUGCUAGGAAAGAUCGCCAACAUCUCCAUCACAGUCGAGAGCCUAAGCGGAACUAUUCGAGUAAUGUUCCGCCGCAAUCCGUACACCCAUUGGGCGCUGGCGUUCGAGUCUCCGCCCAAGCUUGAGCUCCGAGUCCGAGGCCGAUUCCAGGGGAGACAGCUCAAGCCAAGACUGGCAUCGCUGGUCGCUGCACAUAUCAGGCGGGCGGUGGCCCAGCGGCACACGUUGCCUAAUUACAAGAUACGUUACAAACCAUUCUUCCCGAAGUCUGAGCCAGGUGGGGCGGAGGGCGAGGAAGGGCCAACGCCGCACGGCCGGUUGACCGUCCGCCUGGUUGAGGUCACCAGGCUGCAGUGGAAUGGAGGUGCGGGCACUGUCCGUGCCGCUUUAGCCGUCGACUCGCACGGUUGGGUGUCUCUCCGGCGCGGAGUGCUGACGCUGGACGUGCUGUUACCGGCCAUGACUGGCGCACUCGGCCUCGUGUGCUGCCAGGGCGUCGGAGCCGUGCUUGUAGACACCGUAGUGCCCAUGUCACCCGCGUACCGCGCCGACCUGCGGCGAGACGACGUCGUGUUAGCUGUCGACAACAAACCGGUCUGCAAUGUGGCGCAGGUGGGCAAGCUGCUACGCCUGAUUGAGCGGCGAGCGGUGACGAUCAGGCUCCGGCGCGGCGGCAGCACGCCUGCGGUGCGGCGCGAGGACUCGGCGGACGGGCGCCGCGCGCGCACCAACUUCAGCUUCCGGCGCGUCUCCGAGGUCAUGGAGGGCGUGCGCCUGCAGGGCAUGCGCGCGGCCGCAUCCAAGACUAGCUUGCACACGGAUGAUACAACGAAAGCUCCAGAAGCUGCUGAGACUGAGGCCAAGAAGGAGCCCGUGCGUCAACUGUCAAAGUCCGACACCCCCUCGCCUUCGAACUUCGGCCUGCGCAAGCGACGGUGCUCCGUGGAGAACAAGUCUUCCGACAGCUCGGCCGGCUCCACCCCGCCCGCCUCCGGCGCCAGCACCCCCCUCAAGCAGUCCACCAAGCCCAAACACGAGAUACCCAUCAUACGAACCGACUCCUCCGAAUGCAGGCCGGAGAAAACGGAGGGCGAAGAAGAAGACCAGAUCUUCGAAACUGGAGGCCCCCGCCUCACAGAACACGUCGAGAUAUGCCAAAUGUUUUGGACUAAGAGCGUGCCUCUCAAACCUAUCAUACCAUUCGACGAAGAGACAGAGUUCAAGUUAAACGAGAACCAUAAGUAUCUCAAUAUAAACGUGUGGGCGACCGUGGCGGGAGAAAAGGAUGAGGUUCUAUUGGGGUAUUUGAACAUUCCGUUAGCGGCGCUACUGUCAGAAUGUCAGGACUCUACUGUUCCACAUCAUAUGAAGCGAUACCAAUUUCUCCCGCCCGACGUCGAUAUAAAGUUUAGCAAAAGCCACAAGCUGUCGUCUCACGCCGGCUUCGAGCCGUGCCUGUGCUUCGGCGACGCGCUGGUGUGGUGGGAGUGGGAAGGCGCGGGCAGCGCGCGCCACGCGCCUCGCGCUCCGCCCCGCGACGUGCCGCGACCGCCCAAGCCUGUGCGUGCGGCGCACGACUUCGUGCGCACGCACUUCCAUCGCUCGACGCAGUGCGAUUUCUGCAACAAAAAGAUAUGGCUCAAAGACGCAAUGCAAUGCCGCAACUGCGGCCUGUGCUGCCACAAGAAGUGCGUCACCAAGUGCCAGGAGUCUUCGCCGUGCGUUCCGAAGCAAGGGCAUGAUUCGUUGACUAGCGGAACGAUGGCGCCCCCGGAGCUCAUCAUGACGGAACCGGAUUCCAACGUGGACCUCGACUCUGAUGACGAACCGGAGAGAAAAGACUCACUCGACGUUCAUGAAGAAGGUGGCGGGGCCAUGAGUGCGCUGGUGGCGGGGCUCCGCCGCGCGGGCUCGGCGCACUCGCUCUCCGCGCCGAAGCCCUCGGCCUCAUCGCGCUCCCUGCCGCCCUCGCCCAGCCACACUCCCAGCUUAAUGUCUCAUCCAACCAUGACACGCAAGAAGCAGUUAUCCGGAAGCGACGGGAGAUCUGUUUGGCAGUCGCAAUGGCACAACAUGUUGUAAUAGUGUUUUUUUCAUAUUUUAAUCAUGCUAUACGCUUUUGCAGCUUUAUUUUCUUAGAAGGAUCAUUUCCAUUUGUUACGAGUAUAUUAUAUGAUUUGAGAGACAUUAAUGUGACUGAAUAAAGUAAAACGGUUUUUUUAGAUCUAAAACAAAUCGGAUGGUCCUUUAAAACGACUUCUUUUUCACAGCUAAUGCGAUUCGGAAGCAUCAAGGAGCUACGAGAAAGGUGCAGGCCCCUAAAGUUUACGUGUUUUAUUUUCGUUCUGUCAUGCUUAACGCUUUCGCAGCUUGAAUUCUUUAAGCGGCCUCAUUUU